AUGAAGAGGCCGAUAUCGUUCUACGUAGAACUGUUCUACGACGAGCACGUGAUCUCGUGGAGCAAACGUCUGCUAAGCUUAUCCGGCCUAUGGCCGGAUAAUCGCAACGACGUGCGAUUUUUCUUCUACAUUACGUACGUCGUGAUCUUCACCUGGCUGGAGAUCGUGACGCUGCUGCAGAAUAUACACGACCUCGAGAGGACGCUGAAAAAUAUCACGCUAUCGUUCCCGACCAUCUUGAUAGUGCUGAAGGCCGUGAUGUUUCGGCUGAACAUGCAUCUCGUUCUGCCAUUGCUGAUGGUGGUCGAAAGGGACGUGAAGCAGGGGCUGUAUCGGACUCCGGAGGAACGGCGAACGGUCGUCUGGUACAACGUGGCCGCCACCUUAUUUUCCACCUCGUCGGCCUUGUCUUUAUUCUUCGUACCCACCUUGUUUUAUACCAAGCCAAUCGUCAGCUGUCUUUUAUCGAAAUUCAAUAAUUGUACACUCCCCUACGAGUUACCGAUGAAAGUGAAUAACGUUUACGAAGUGACCGGAGUCACGACGUACGCUCUGUUCUGCGUUUACUUGGUACCGACCAGCAUGAUGUUAACGAUCGGUGCAACCGGUGCUGACAGUCUUCUGGUGACGUUAACGUUCUACCUCUGUAGUCAACUUUCGGUCCUGGCACAGCGUGUCAGGAACAUCGACGUCGAGCCGCAAAUCUAUUUUCCAGAAAUGAGAGCACUCGUUGAACGACACUCCGAACUUCUACGAAUGGCAAAUAUUUUAGCAGAGACAUUUAGUUCUCUGAUGUUUAUACAAACUUUAGGAUUAAUAUUCUCUUUGUGCAUCGUGGUCUAUCAACUGCUUACGACGACCGAAUCUGGGGAAGAUAUGAAUACUAUACAUUUCGUAAUUUACUCUUGCGCCGUUAUACUGUUAGCAUUCUGCUACUGUUUCUUGGGAGAGUGUCUCAUCAACGAGAGCAACGAAAUACAACUCGCUUGCUACUCCACCAAUUGGUACGAUUUACCAGGAGAGUACACGCGAUCUUUGAUGUUUUGCAUUGCUCGAUCGCAGAAACCGCAAUACCUAACCGCUGGCAAGUUCUACGUCUUUUCCUUGGAAACUUUUGGCGUCAUAGUAAAAGCAUCCAUGGCGUACCUCUCCGUGAUGAAAAACAUGAUUUGA